UAUUAUUAUUAUAAUUAUAAAUCCCGUGUACACGUGCUUUAAUCAGCGAGGCAAGUGUGACUGUUUGUAACUUCCUGUUUGGACCGGACACAAUCUGUGCACCUGAAGCGAAGACAUCUGUGGUGUGAAGCUGUUGGAAACAACUAUUAUAUGAAAGCAGACACAGAGGAUGGCUGAAGGUGUGAGGCGAAGGAGAAAGCUGAAGCCCGUGGAGGAGGCCAUACAGUUUUCACUUGAACAGAAAGACAAGAAUGGACUCGAGGGCAGGUUCAUCAGUCAUCUUAAAGGGAGGGGUGUGUUCAGCUGUACUGACUUUGAGAAAGGAGAUUUCCUGCUGGAAUACAGAGGAGACCUCAUCAGCAAAGAAGAAUGUGAGCGGAGGCAAAGAAUAUAUCACCAUGCACUUAAAGUUUUCAUGUUUGAGUUUCACUACAAUGGAAAACUCCUCUGUGUCGAUGCAGCCCGAGAUGACGGUUCUCUUGGGCGGCUUGUAAACGAUGACCAUAUUAACCCAAACAGCAGGAUGAAGACGAUUCGUGUGGAUGGAAAACCUCACUUAUGUUUAUUUGCCACAAGGAGCAUCUGUCCUGGUGAAGAGAUCACAUAUGAUUAUGGUGAUUCUGAGUGGCCAUGGAGAUGCACGACUCUUAGUGUGGUUGAACCGUCCACUCUUGAAGUCAACACACUGUCCGAGUCAGAAGACACAGACGUAGAGAAGCUGAAAGUUGUCAGUGAUCAGUCAGAGUUGGACUCCAGUAUCUGUGCAGCCUCUGAAGGACUGGAAAAGGUGACUCUGAAGAAGGACCAGUUACUAUUGGAUGAUCAGGACUGUGUUGAGAAGAUGUCACCUGUCAAAGAGCAUGUGUUGAAUGAGGAGCAGAGCUUUUGUGCCCCAGUUGAAGGAGUUAAGGAGGUCUGCAGACAUGUUGUGGUCACUUCAGCAAUAUCAAGCAUGGAUAAAUGUGCUGAAUGUGUGGGACCUGUUGCAGCUCUCAAGUGGAUUGGCCUGAGAUGUAAAUUGUGCUCCAGUUUUUGGCAUAAGUCCUGCUAUCUGAAGCUUCAUGAAUGGGAUGGAAGACGGUCAUCGUGUAUGAGAUCAACAUGACCGAUUCUGAUGACAGUGAUCCUGAAGAAAGUUAAUCUGAUGAUGAGGCUCUUGCUGGAGCUGCGGGAAACUCCAGUAAUGCUGGUGUUCAGAAGAUGCCCAUUGAGAGCACCACUGAACUUCCUGAAGAGAGUGAGAGUGAGGCAGAAACUGAAAACCCACGGAGAGGGCAGAAGGUGUCCUGGUCAAACGCUGAAGUUACAGCUGUAAUGAAACAUUUUAAGGGCCACAUAGCUAAAGGAAAACUGGCCACACUGACUGAAUGCCAGCAGUGUAAAUCUGCUGAGGAUCCUGUUUUGGUGAGACGCAGUGCACAGAACAUAAGGGAUUUUGUAAGAAAUCGAGGAAUUAGCUUAAAAAGGAAAACCCAAAGCAAGUGAUGUUACAGUACAUUUUGUGUGUUCUUGAUGCCAUUCAGUUAACAUUAGCACUUUGGCUGUUGUUUUUAUUUCCCAUAGUGCAAUACUGUUAUGGCAGCAGUUCAUACGAAUAUCUCCUUGUAGAAAUCGAGGUUGACUGUUAGUUUGUCAAAAAUUACAAAAUUGUGUCAAUUUCUCAUUGAUUUUUGGAUGACCUGUCCCUUAAAGAGAAUU